UAGCGAAAGAAGAGAAGAGAGUGUUUCGGCGAACGAGUGAAAGUUAUUUUAUUUUAUUUUUUGUUUUAGAAGAAGCGUGGCAACGAGAGUUGGUUAGAUGAAGGGAGUGAGAGACAGAGAGAGAGAGAAAGAGAGAGGGAGAGAGAGGGAGAAAGAGAAAGAGAGAGAGAGAGAGGUCAUGUGAUACGAAAUCUCUAUGGGUAGGAAGGUCCUCAGGAGGAGAUGGGAAGGGGAGAGGCGGGGGGGAGGGAGUUGGGUGUUGUUAGUAUGGAAUAAAAAGGAUGGAGAGCGUUAUGAGCAUAGUCUUAGGUGGCGCGACGCAAGCAAGCGAGACAAAACGAAUGAGUGUUUUAAGAUAUGUGUGAAUGUGUAGGAAUCAAACAAAUACAGCAUACCUGUGUUAAACUAUAAACAGUAAGAAUUCACAAAACAAGUAUAUAUAUAGAUAUACACCUAUACAUAACAUCGAUACACAUAUACGCCUCCUCCUCCCCCCCCCCCCCCCCCCUCACUGUAAUGCGGUCACGUUAGAUAAGUACAUGUGUGUAUAGAGUAUGCGAAGCUUUGAAGCAUAAAAGUGCAUCAAAGGAACAAAGGAUUCAAAGCGAGAACUACGGAAGUACUGCAGGUGCGUGCACACAAAACCAACACACACAGGACCAGACGCCGGUAUCCCAGCAAAACCCGCUUUUCAUGUACGCGAGGACAUUAUAGUUGGCAGUGGCAGUGACCAGUGUAACUGGAACCACUCACCCGCAGAGCAAGCAAACGGAAAAAGUGCAAGAGAGUCGAGAUUGGGAGAGUGCUAGAAAGAGAAUGAGUGCAAGAAAAACCCGAAUUUCGGAUGAUAACUAACAGGUGCAAAAUCAAAACUAACAAAACAUUAGAAUAUUCAAAUACGACCGAAAUACAGAACACACACAGACUCCUUCAAACGUUAUUGUAAUGUCCACCUUUUUGUGAUGGGUGUUUUGAUUUUCUCUUUUCCGCAAAAUUGACGAAAAAUAUCCACCACACUUCCUUCCCCCCCCCCCCCCCCCCAAAACCACCACUAUUCUUUCUCUCUGUAGUUCUUCUUUUUGGAGGUAAGAAGGCACGGUGCAAACGGUCAAUGCGUUAUGCUCCUUGCAUUGUGACUAUGCCACAGAAAGACAGAUUUGAUUUCGCUUGAUAGAAUCGAAUGUUGGCUUAAUCGCUGGCUACUUUGCGCAUACAAUAUGAGAUUCUCGAGACUGUCCUUGUCCUUGGCGCUGCGGGUAAAGCAUAUUUGUGAUUCUGGAAUUCGAUCUGAAAAGUGAAACAAAACUAUUUCAAGAGAAAAAGCUGUGCUACUGAAACCCGUCAUUACUAAUGUACUAAUACUACCACUGCUACUAUCUAUGACUACUAUUACUGCUACUACUACCGCUACUGCUACUACUACUACUACUACUACUACUGCUAUUACUACUACUAUGUGUCUCUGUUGUGUAGGAUGAAACAAAUUUCUUGGUAAGAACAAGAUCCGGUGUGGUUGUUAAAAGAUGCGAACUGAACAACCAAUAUGCUAACUGCGUGUACUAAUUAAAACCCUUUUGGAUAGAGUUUCGAGGAUGGCACUUCAUCCGGGUGAUAAAGAGGGCACAGCUACAUCUUGUCAUGUUGUUGUGUACGAGAUGAAAACAAACUCACAAAAGAGAACACCAUGCAUGCAAUGCUGGAGCCUGUCAGAGCUUCUACGUGUUCUGCUUAAAUGGUACAAAAAACACACAUAAACCCAUACACACACACAUACAGACACACAUACAAAAACAAUCUAGUGGACCGUGAAACAUAGUUGAGCCAAAAUGGCUUAUAGAAUUACAUCAAGGUGUUAACCUGUCUGUCAAGUCCUAGCAAAACAGAGUCUACUCGCUAGUCCUUUGCUACUGGUGGGCGUCGAAAACGUAUCCAGAUGAAAAAGUCGUGGCCAAUCGUGGGCCACCACAAAUACGAGGGGGUCUAGUGUGUGUUCAGUUGGUUUUAUGAGACAUGUUAGUGUUGCAAAACGAUGAAAUAAUGAUGCUGAUGAUGAUGAUGAUGAUGAAGAUGUUGUGUGGGUAGUGUGCUCUGAUGUUAAUGUUGCAGUAGAAACUCGUUUAAAAUGUUGCAUUUCUCAGUCACCGAACCAGAGACAACGAUGUUAAGGUUGAAGCAUGACAUGAGGUCGUGCUAGCAUGUCAACUCCUUUCUUCUUCCUCUUUAAAACGCUCAAGAGCAAACUCUAAGAAGCAAAACUAUAACCAGUAGAAUCUGAUUCCGUUUCAUUGUGCAUGCUCUAGUAGUACAACAGUAAAAGUUAUACAAGCGACCCGACAGAAAAACGCCUAACACAGCCGAUUGCCAGAAACAAGCAAUCAAAAAGGAAGAAGCAGUACAUAAAUAACCUUACAAUCAAAUCCAAUCAGCAAACGACAAAGGGAUAGGAGAUGAAAUCGAAAAAAAAAAAAUCAAGCACGACGCAAUAUUCACCACGACAGCAAUGGCGCGGCGGAAACACGCUUUAUAAAAAAUAAAAUAAAAACAAAAAACCUCCUUUGUACACCCCCAACCAUACACACAAAAUGGGCGGGUAGACCCCCCCUACUAACGUCCCAACGUCACUCCCUGCUUCUUAUAGUGUAGUGCAAAAUUUGGUAGCAAACAGUUGGGAGGACCGUGAAGAAUUCUAAAAAGAGAUAACUGAAGCAAGUGAGCAGGUGCAAGCAUCAUGAGAAAAUGGGAGAAAUGCCCUCCAGGCGGAGAACGGUGGCGAAGUCGUUUGUGUAAUGCAGAACGGGGGAGGGGCGGAGAUGUUAAUCUUAAUUGGAAAGAGUAAAAAUGAUGAAGCAAGCAAAACAAAAAGGAAAGCCGUAUAACAUAACUAUACUAACAAAACACCCAAACGGUCAAUGUGAACGCGUAGCAUGUGAAACAUGUACAAAUUUAAUAUUAAAAUAUGGAUAACAAUAACUAUCGACAUUAACUAUGAUAAACGUAAUACAGCAAGGCAAGCGAAGCGAAAGGACGAUAGGGCAGACUAGAAAUUGAAAGGAAAAGUAACAAGAAAGAUGAAACAAAUACAACAAAAAAAACACUA